UGUUUAUAGGCAGAUUAAGUUGAAAGAAGGUGGAGUUUCAUACCACUUCCCACCUCCUCCAUUUUUGGGUUGGAUGAGGUGUCCGCCUUCGAACCUUAGUUGCUAAACAGCGCAGCUAAAAACUUAUUGAAUCUGCUCCGUCUCACAGUUUCCCGUCAUUUUUAGCAGAAAACGAUUCAACAUUCGCACCUCGUAGGAUAUUUUCACUCUUUCAUCUUCUUUUUUCUCUCUCUCUCUCUCGCUCUCUCUUUUUUUCUCUCUCUCUCUUUCUUUAUCCAUCUAUCUCAGUGUUUACCUUUAUUUCUGUGCUAUGGCAUAUCAACAACCAUACUUUUUUCGUCCUCCGGAUUUUGAUUAUCGUCAACAUCAUUAUUUCUCAGCAUUAUCAACCUUAGAAUCCCAUAUUCCAGGAUUAUUUACUAAUUCAGUGAGAGCCGAACAACCAGUGGACGAUGAUGGAAUCGAAGAUGAUCCAAAAGUGUCACUUGAAUCAAAAGAUUUAUGGGAAAAAUUCCACAACCUUGGAACCGAAAUGGUCAUCACAAAAUCGGGAAGGCGGAUGUUUCCACCCUUCAAAGUCCGAGUCUCUGGACUUGAUAAAAAGGCCAAAUAUAUAAUGCUAAUGGACAUUGUGGCCGCUGACGAUUGUAGGUACAAGUUUCACAAUUCCCGUUGGAUGAUGGCGGGCAAAGCUGACCCGGAGAUGCCUAAGCGUAUGUACAUACACCCGGACUCGCCGUCAACGGGUGAACAGUGGAUGCAGAAAACGGUUUCAUUUCAUAAAUUAAAGUUAACCAAUAAUAUAGCCGAUAAACAUGGAUUCCAGACAAUAUUGAACUCGAUGCACAAAUAUCAACCUCGUUUUCACCUAGUCAGGACAAAUAACCUCAUGAAAUUGCCUCAUAGUACAUUCAGAACUUACGUUUUCAAAGAAACUGAAUUCAUUGCCGUAACUGCCUAUCAAAAUGAAAAGAUAACGAAAUUAAAAAUUGACAACAAUCCGUUUGCAAAAGGUUUCAGAGAAACUGGUGCCGGGAGAAGUAGUAAAAAGCAAUUGGUUAUGUGCAGCCCACGAAGAUUAGUUUCCUUUGAUUCAGAUCCUGAGACUCGUACAAUAUGUUCAUCGGUUCAUGGGGAUAAGAUUAAAGAAAAUGGUAGAGGAAGUGGAGAGGGUGGAGAAGGAGGUGGAUCAGAAUCGGGUGGUGGAGGAAGACGAGAAGAUGAUAAGGUGAUGUUGAAUGACCACUACUCAUUGGACAAUGAACCUUUAGAUAUUGUUGAUGACUCUCACGGACCAUCAACUAUUAGUCCAAGAAAAGAAUUGAUUCUUCAUUCACCAGGGGCAUCUGUUGAUAAACUCGAAGAUUCCAAAAAGGAGAAUCAUCAUCUCCACCAUGAUCACCUAACCGGCGGUGGAUCAGGAGAUUUUAUUACCUCAUUACCUGAAUUAAAUAACAAUCAUAUUAGCAAUGGUACGACUACCACCGCCCACAAUUUACAUAACAUUGCAAAUCAGUGUACAUCCUUACAGAAAGCGAUCUUGUAUCGACCUCAUCCUGGUUUACCGUUACUUUACCAGCAGCCCCCGGUCAGCCCUGAAGAGGUGGCUCGUCCAACACCAGGUUUAGGUUUACAUAAGCCAUGGACACCAAAUUUCCUAAGCCAUCUUCACCAUCAAGCUGCCGCCGCCGCUGCAGCAGCAGCUGCAGGAGGAGGAGGAGGAGGAGGACCAACAUCACUAACUCCAGGAACUGGUGACACAGUGACAACAAACGGCAGUGGCAGUAGUGGCGGCGGGGGAAGUAUCAGCGGUGCAAGUACUGGAACCCCUGCAAGCCCUGUAUCCUCAGACUAUUCACAUGCAGCCACAGCAGCAGCCGCAGCCGCAGCGGCUGCUGCUGCAGCAUCAUCACCAACCUCUGUACCAUACCCGUUAAUGCCCUCGCUUGGACCAUUUCCCCACCUCGAGUUUACCGCAGCCAUGAGACUUUACCUUGCACUUAAUUCAUUCAAUUAAUUUCAACAAGUAAAACAAAACAACAAAAAAAAUCAAUUAACUAAUUAAACACAAAAAACAUAAAAUCAAUUUAAUAAUAAUAUUUAUUCAACACACAUCCAUACCACAACACCAACAACAACAACAACAAAACUACAACUUUCCUCCUCUCACAUCAUCAAAAUCAAUCAACAUCAACCAACAUCAACCAUCAACAAUUAAAAACAAAAAUUACAAUUUACCAAUCAACAAUUAUAAAUAUACAAAAAAAACUUUGCUUUCAAUUGUUUUAAAUUACA